CAUUUUUGGCUUUUCCAAUCUUCACCAUCCCUUCUGCUCAUCAUAUCUGCCCUUCCCCUCUGCACCAGCUCGUUCUUCGCCGGCAGUGGGAUGUCGCUCUCGCCCUCUGCUUCGCAGUGAGGUGGUGGAGGGGCAGGCGGCGGCGGAUCUGCUCGCCAGUUGUGGAUACUGGAGAUGGUGGGCAUCACAAAAAAGAGGAGCUGCAUCACAAACUCACAAGGAAGGGGGCGUCAGGGGCUGAUGGACCUCGACCCCUACUCCACGAGCGCGAGCUCAGCUGAUGACGCAUCUCCAGAGAGAACUAAACGUAGAAGACGACGGACUCCGUCUUCAGGAAAUGCUAGGAAAAAUGAGUUACCGUUCUUUUUUUUGAAGGAGCUGUUAACAUGCUCUCAGGGCAAUGAGAUCCUAGAGAUGAUAAAAUUACUCAAAGUGGAAUUUCACAAACAAUCGAAGCAGAAUAAGGAUGACAUUAGUGAAAUACACAAACAGUUGGAGAAGGUUCUUGAAAAUCAAAAUGUUCAGAGCAAAGAAUUGAAGAAGCUCCGCAAACAAUCAGAGCUUCAUACUAACGGCACAAGUCAUGCUUCUGAUGCUCCAAGAUCACAAUCAAAUCAACUGCAGCCACCUAGAUACCGACUGGUAUUCACAUCUGGGAAUAUUGACACAAUUGAAAAAGGGCAAACCAUAGAUAUAAGUGUAGCUCUAGUUGAGGGUAAUAAUGAUCAAACUGUAGAAAAUGGACCCCUUGCUUCUGCAACAGUUGAGUUGGUUGUCGUUAACGCAGAGUUCAAUGAACACGAUAAUCAACACAAUUGGUCCAGAGAGGAAUUUGAGUACUACAUGAAAAAACCACGUCGUGGAAAUACGGCAACAGGAGAUGUGGAUCAGUCAGUAAAAUCAAUAGUUAGUAACGGUCGAUUUAACCUUGUUCAUGGAGCUAAAUGUCAUAGUGGUUCUAGAAUAUUCGAAAACUCCAGUAACAAGAAGGUUAGGUUUGGGGUGAUGGUAGUGUCGCCAACUGAAGAACGAGUUCUAGAAGGAUUAUCAAAUCCUUUCUUUGUGCGGGGCCAUGACCGGCCAGGAAGACAAAAUAACUUGCGCCAUAACAGCUCAAACAGGCAAAGGCACGCUAUGGUUGGCAAUGAAAAUCAAGAAGAAAAUAGCCCAAUGCCUAACCUGCAACACCCGUGUCGGAUAAAUUCAACUCAAACUGAGGGAAACAGUUUGGAUAUGAUUGGGGGACGAUCACAGCUUCCAAUUACAACUACAGAACCAUCUAUCAGUCUACAGGCUUUGAUACAACCAUACCUUGAUCCUGCUAUGACAAGGAUGCCCCAAGCUAUUUGCAGACAAAACGGGCAAGCUAUGGUUGGCAAUGAAAAUCAAGAAGAAAAUAGCCCAAUGCCUAACCUGCAACACCCGUGUCGGAUAAAUUCAACUCAAACUGAGGGAAACAGUUUGGAUAUGAUUGGGGGACGAUCACAACUUCCAAUUACAACUAUAGAACCAUCUACCAGUCUACAGGCUUUGGUACAACCAUACCUUGAUCCUGCUAUGACGAGGAUGCCCCAAGCUAUUUGCAGACAAAGCGGGCAAGCUAUGCUUGGGAAUGAAAAUCAAGAACAAAAUAGCCCAAUGCCUAACCUGCCACACCUGUUUUGGAUAAAUUCAACUCAAACUGCGGGAAACAGUUUGGGUAUGAUUGGGGGACGAUCACAGUUUCCAUUUCCAGCUACAGAAUCAUCUAUCAAUGCUUUGAUAACAUCAUACCCUUAUCCUGAUUCUCUGUGGGUGGACCAAGCUUUUCCAGGACAAAACGAUACGCGAUUCACUACAAACCCAACAACACUUGCAGUGCAACUUGUAUGGGAUAGGCCUAAUGUGGAGCCGAGCAAGCGUCAUUGGAACCUUCUUGAUCAGCUCAUGCCACUGCCAAAAUUUAAUAAACCUACUACGCGCCUCAUGCAAGAGCACUUAGACCCACUGACUAUCAUAGCAAUGGAAGUCAUGCAGACUCGUCGGAACAGAGGUGUUAUCAUUGAGCCACUUGAGCCUGAUGAUUCAGAUGAAGAGCGACAAUUGAAGAGGAAGAUGUGCAGUAAAUACGAAUUGCGAUUUUUGAAUAAGGUGUGCGGGGCCUAUCACACAAGGGAUCCAAUAAAAGCAGAUGAUGGGAACCUUCUCAAAGUUGCUUUGUUCGAUGAGAACAACAUAAAGAUCACAUAUGGUCCCCUGUCUUCAGCUUCUGUUCAGAUCGUAGUUCUCCAUGGUGACUUCAAUGACCACGGUCAGGAUUACUGGACUUCAGAGGAGUUCGGUCGCUACGAAGUGUGUCCACGGCCUGGAGAAGAAGCAUCAUCAGUCCUAGGAGGUAAUUGUAUCUUAGUUCUAGCUGAUGGAGAGGCAUGUCUUGGUGAUGUCUUUUUCCAGAUGACAUCCUAUUGUGCUAGAACUGGAAAGUUCAAGUUGGGUGUAAGGCUAGCUAGCACCCAUGAAGAGAGAAUUCAAGAAGGAGUAUCAGAACCAUUCUGGGUGAAGGAUCGUCAUUUUGCAGGGCAAGCUCUGGUCGACAAUAAUUAUCAAGAACAAAAUAAUCCAAUGCCUAACCUGCCACACCUGUCACCGAUAAAUGCGGGAAACAGUUUUGAUUUGAUUGGGGGACGAUCAAAGCUUCCAAUUCCAGCUACAGAAUCAGCGACAAUGAAGCAAAAGAUCGUGAUCAGGGUGGAGAUGACGUGCGCCCGGCGCCGGACCACGGCGAUGCAGCUGGUGGCGGCCACGCCCGGGGUGGAUUCCGUGGCGCUCGCCGGCGACGCCAGGGACCAGCUCGUCGUCGUCGGCCACGGCGUCGACCCCGUCCGCCUCGUCACGGCGCUGCGCAAUAAGGUCGGGCCCGCGAAUUUAUUGCAGGUCGGCGCUGAGGCCAAGAAGGAGGGCGGCGGCGACAAGAAGACCCCCGCAGCCGCCGCCGCCGUGCCCCUGCCCCCGUACGUGCCGCAGCCGCUGAGCUACGAGCGACCCAUCCUGCCCCCGUACGUGCCGCAGCCCUUUUACGGGUCGAGCGGCAGGGACUGCUCCAUAAUGUAGAGGAGACACGACGUGCGGAUUCCUCUCUGUUUUGAAACGGUGCGCCGUGCGCGGCUACGGGUAGGAGGACAACGAACGACCGAAGGGUAGAGUUUUUUUUUUUGUUUCCUUAAAAAAUAAUAGUAAAGGUGUAGAUUUCGUUGGGCUUCGAUAUCCACCUGCUGUGUGCGUGCCCAAGACCCAGUCUGUAUGUAGCCCAUUCAUGUUAACAAUUCCCAUCGCACUUUUUGAUCCUAAAGCUAAAGUUUAGUCCGUGUCAUAUUGAAUA